CUCCUGUGCAGGCGUUGCAGCAGCAGCAGGCGUUGCUGCAGGCGGCGGAGCUGCAGCAGGGUCGGUCCCCGGCGCUGUCGUUGGGUGGUGGGCAGAGCCCUUCGCCCUUAGGUCGUUGGCCGGCUCCCUCUGUCCGGGAACAUGGUGAAGCUGGGGAACGGUUUCAGCCAGAAAGGCCCCAAGCAGCCGCUGGUGGAGGAUGGCUUCGACACCAUCCCCCUCAUGACCCCGCUGGACGUCAAUCAGCUGCAGUUCCCUCCUGCCGACAAGGUGGUGGUCAAGACUAAAACCGAGUAUGAGCCGGACCGCAAGAAAGGGAAGUUCCGUCCUCCCAAAAUCGCUGAAUUUACCAUCAGCAUCGCCGAGGGAGUCUCUGAGAGGUUUAAGGUAACUGUGCUGGUCCUGUUUGCCUUGGCGUUCCUCACCUGUGUUGUCUUUCUGGUUGUCUACAAGGUUUACAAGUAUGACCACACCUGCCCAGAAGGGUUUGUUUUUAAGAAUAACCAGUGCAUCCCGGCAGGAUUAGAGAACUACUACUCCGAACAAGACUCCAACGGCCGAGGGAAGUUUUACACUGUCAUAAACCACUACAACCUGGCCAAGCAGACCAUCACCCGCUCAGUGUCUCCUUGGAUGUCGGUACUGUCCGAAGAGAAACUGUCGGAGCAGGAGACCGAAGCCGCUGAGAAAUCAGCUUAGUAGGCUAGGCUCGUUGCUUCCAAUAUGUCGCUUGAAGGUAACGGAGGGACUUGAAAGGGACAUUUCAUUAAGUUAUUAUGGAUCAUUUAGAGGUUACUCAUAUUUAUGGUGCAAUUGCUUCCAUUUGCUGAUACUGCUUGGCCAAUAAAACGUGGUACGGAAUACCCACGGGCAUCAAACCGCCUGCAUUUCAGCAUCGCUUUAAGAGCCCUGGCAUCUCUUAACAAGUUACAAAAUCCUAAUUUUGAUCCUUUGGGGAAUUUACGGGGUGCUGUCAUAAAACUAAUUUACACUGGAUUUUCAGGGGUUUGGAUUUACCGCGCAUUUUACUGUCUGAACUGGUACGGGGGUUUUGUAAAAAAAGAAAAGAAAAAAAUGUAAAUCACCUUGCGGUUUUGCAGACCGAGCACCUUAGCCAUAACUAAGAGUGAUCUCGCGCUUCGCUCGGAGCUGUAGUUAAACGUUCUCCCCCUCAGCUCCGACGAGCCGCCAUCUGCUCCGAUAGCAGCGACGCGCGAUAGCGCCUGGUUUCCAAGAAUGAAGGGGAAGGAGUCAGGUCGCAUAAUUUUCACAUACUUUCCUCACUGUCGUUGAUUUGUAAGUGAUGAUGAAGUCUUUUGCAACGGGGCAUGCUCAAUGUUGUUUUAUUAUCGCUGUCAACCGAAUUUCCCCGCAUUCAUUCCCUCUGGGACGAGCGUCGUGGGCGGAAACCCGAGUCAGGUAGACCGUAGAAGGGAAUGGAACAUCUUCGACUCCGAAAGCCCCGCGGCCGUGUAACAGCGUUGCUCUGACGAGAGCGCGCCGUCGCCGAUCUGAUGGUGUUGAAGAAACCCGUCCUCUCUGUAGAUAUAACGUUAGCACAUCCACUCUUGUGAUUGUCUCACCCGAAGGAAGUCGUAGGCUUGCUUCUUUUUCUAUCGCGUCAUGAUCUGGGUUUGGGUUCGUGAUCCCGCUUGCGAGCGGUCCCAUUUUUCAACCCUGCCGGGGCAGGCCGAACAAGAAGGAUGGAGGCUGUCUCGGUCUGACGCUCCCGGAAGCUCCGCGAUCCGGCCCCACGACCCCCCGAAGUAAGAAACGGGGCCGAAAGACCGCGUCGCCGGAGGCUUCCGCCUGCAGGAUGGCUUCCGUUUCGCCCUCUUUGUACGGAGCCCGUGUUUUAAAUUUUAUUCUGAACAUGAAAAUCGAAGUUACAGAAUCGCCAGUUAAAAUAAGUGUGUAAGACAAAUUAAAUAUAAACGAUAUUCACACGUUUUCCUCCA